CCCACUGCACAUCUCUGUACCAAGACUUUAGUUUGGAUGGAUUCACGGAAAGACUACACAUGCUGCAGAAAUGGGAAGUCACAGACUGGGCCCAGCAAAGACGGAGCUAAAAGGCUAAAUUAGCAGUCACUUUCAUCCGGGAGCUGUCGGUGUUUUGACCCAAAUACUAAUAAAAGGGAGCACUGCACUUUUAGGGUUACUCAGGACACACCCAGUCUUAACUUCAACACAGGAACUGAAUUAUCUGAAAGGGGGACAGGGCAGGCAACAGGAUCCUUCUGGAGAACAUCCCAGCAUAAUCACAAACAGUGUGAGAGGUUGCAUCCCUGCAACAAUGGGUGAUUCCAGUGAGGACUAUGGAAACUACACCUAUGAAUACUACCUGGAGUACGGCGACUUGGAAGAACUUAAAGUAGACCACAGUCAGAAGGAAGCUAUGCACAUUAUCUCAGUGGUCAUCUACAUUAUUUCCUUUGUGCUUGGUCUGAUUGGAAAUGGAACUGUCAUUUGGGUCACAGCGUUUAAAAGCAAAAAGACUGUCAACAGUGUUUGGUUGCUCAAUCUAGCCAUUGCAGACUUCGUAUUUGUGCUUUUUCUACCCUUCUACAUUGAUUACAUACUGCGGGAAUUCCACUGGGACUUUGGUGUGGUCAUGUGUAAGCUUAACUCAUUUGUGUCCGUGAUGAACAUGUAUGCCAGUGUGCUCUUUCUCACAGUGCUCAGUGUAGACAGAUAUGUUUCUCUGGUCCACUUCAACUGGUCUCAGAGGUAUCGCACUGUAGAGAGAGCCUGGGUUGUGUGUGGUUGCAUAUGGGUGCUAGCUGCCGCCCUGAGCUGCCCUGCACUGAUUUUUCGUGACACCAUGCGCUUACAUGACAAGGUACUGUGCUUCAACAACUUCCACGCACAGGACGGGCAUACGGCGGUCAUGAGACACAUCAUAAUAGUGGCCAUUCGUACCACCGUGGGCUUCCUUUUGCCUUUUACUGCUAUAUGUGUAACAGGCAUACUUCUGACAAUCAAAGUGAAUCAAUCUGGGGGCUCGGUUCGGCUGUCCAGCUUCUCCAAAACAGUCUCUGCAGUAAUUCUGGCCUUCUUUUUAUGCUGGGCACCUUUUCAUACUUUUAGCUUGAUGGAGUUAUCCAUACAUUCCUCAUUACACCUACAUACCAUACUGAGAGCUGGCUUUCCUCUCGCCACCAGCUUAGGCUUUUUUAACAGCUGCAUUAACCCCCUGCUGUAUAUGCUCCUUGGCAAAAAAGUGCGUCAUAUCCUGAAGCGUGCAUGCCUGGACAUAACUAAGAGUUCACUGAGAGAGCUCAGCCAGUCAAUCUCUGCCACUGAGAUGGAGUCUGUGCCAGGAGUUCACCAAGACAGUGUCCCAGAGGAGCCUGUGGAGUCAUCAACUCUAUGAUUACAACCAUCCUCAGACUGCAGUGGUUGUCCAUGAAAAACUUGAGGGUAAGACUUGCUAUUACAUUAGCGUCAAAGUGGAGGAUUAUCAUAGCUGUCCUUUCCAGCUGUAGUGUUAAGAUUUUCCUAUUUUGUUUCAUUUGGACAGAGUUAUGCGUAAUUACUUUAAAUGGAAAAGCUGAGUAGAACUGUGUAUAACGUGCACAUGGAGUUAGUAUCUUUUCAUUUAUUUUUCAAGUGAUUUGCAGAGAGAGAGAGGAAAGAUACAAUUAAAGCUGAAACAGCUGAUUAGUUGAUCAAUGGAAAAUUAGUUGGCAACUAUUUUGAUAAUCAAUUAAUCAUUUAAAUCAUCUUAAAAAUAAAAAUCCCAAGCAUUCUCUGGUUCCAGCUUCUCAAUUGUGAUGAUUUGCUGCUUGAAUUUCUUUGUCUUCUAAAAUAGUAAACUGAAUAUCUUUUGGUUUUGGACUGUCGCUAGGAUAAAGCAAGCAAUUUGAAGACGUCCCCGUGGGCUCUAGAAAAUUGUGAUAGACAUUUUUCACUAUUUCUUAGACCAAGAAAAACAUGGACAGAUGAAUCAAUAAUGAAAGUAAUCGUUAGUAGCAGCCUUAUAUCAAAUGCAUCAUAUUUACUGAACUUUUAAUUGUUGUACUCUUGAAGCAUGACAUCUUUGGUUCUUAGAGAUGAGAUAUGUUGCAUAUUAUGUUUUUAUACAGUUUUAUACUAGCUGCUAGUCACCUAUUAAUGUAUUGUACCAUUUUUAAACUAGUUGAGAGUUGUAUAAAUGUUUUAUUCUAAUAUAUUCCAAGUAAAUAGUAUAUAUCUUAAUAAAUUUCUUCUUCUGAA